CACAAGGACCGAGCAGUCAGUCCUUGAGCACAGCUGUUGCGGCAGCAGCGGCGGUGGCAGCAGUGGUGCUGACAUUGGGACAGCGGUGUCAGGACAGCGGUGGCAGCAAGAGCUGGGGACUGGCAGAGGGCAAGGCACCAUGGCCCUUGCUCUGCGCCUCUUCCUCCCGCUCCUCCUGGCCGUGGCCCUGCCUGCCAGGGCUGCCCAGGCUGCUCCGCUGCAAGUGCGGGGAGCAGAUGAGCAUGCUAGGAAGGCUUCUCCAGCAGCUUGGCUCCAUGCAGAUUUCCAGCCUCUUAAGCCUCCUGCAGGUGUGUCUGCAGGGAAGACUUUUCAGGCUCCUUUCCGGGUUGCUGCACACAAGCCCAGCUCCCAUCGCAGGGAGAUGGACAGAGAGGCUGUGCUGAAGGCUGAGUUUCCCGGAGGAAGCAGUGGCUCAUUGGCAGCCUCUGCUGCAGGAAGGGAGGCGAUGCCAGGCACAGUCACUGAAGGUUGGGACCGUGACUUGCAUCAUUUGGAAAGACUGGCAAACCAUGGUUUAAGGGUCUUGGAGCUUGGUGAAGCUGAACGUGAUGAUGAAGAUGAUCUGGAUUCCCAACCCAUACCCAUUACUGAGCCUCAGGGAGAUGCUGAGGGUGUGUCUGCAGGGAGGACUUUCCCAGGUCCUCUGGUGGAUGUUGCACAUAAGCCCAACUCCCAUUGCAGGGGUCCCCUGAGAAGGAAGAACAAACCUACAGGAGACAGUAAGUCCCUGGAGGAAUCCAAACAUCUGGAACAAAUCCUGAGUGAUGUGGAGAGACGUGGUGGUGGGUGCAUUUCCCUCAGCCUUCCCCUGGGACUCAGCAACCGGGGGCAUUCCCUGCACAUCUGGACACGCCGUGCCCGGCACAGCGGGAAGGGAUCCAUGGCAGCCUGGCUGCCCCGCUGCUGCUUUCCUGGCCUGCAGGGCUGUUUCCCAGCCUGGCCUGGCUGCAGCUUCUCCCCAGCCUCUGCAGGAAGGCAUUUGGCAGCAGCUGACAGGGAGCCCAAACUGCACCAUGGGCCUGAGAUCCCCUGCAAUUUCCUGGUCUCUGGGUUGAUGCAGAGAGGCAGCUGUUUGCAGGAGGGAGUGCCCUGGAGCAGCUCCAAAACCCUGGCCAUUUUCCUUGUCUUCAUCCACCCUUUGACAAGUAUUGCUUGGAGCAGAACAGCACAGCACAGAGGAAUUAUGGCAUGCAGGCUCAGGGGUUUGGGUACUGGGCAGUCCUGUGCCAAGGGGCGGCAAGGCCCCAGCUCUGGGGGAAACAGAGACCAAGGACCUCCUGUCCCUCUGCACCGUGCUGCCAGCUCAGCAGUGGAGCACAGCACGGGCUCACGCUCCCCAUUGCUCCCACAGAUGCAGCCGGCACCUCAACACAUGCUGACAAGACCUGGAAAAGCAUGAGAAGAAUUUUCUGCUGGGGAACACCUUGUUUGGUUAAGUUGAUGGCCAUUGUGCUUGGUGCAGCACUUUGCCUGAUGAUUUGCUCUGCUGGAAUCUGGUAUUGCUGGAAGAGAAAAUGGUGAGUGUUUUGGUGAUCUCGACCUCAAACAGCUUCCUUUAAUGGCUGCUGAUAGUCAGGGAACAUUCCCAGUGAGGCUGCAGUGGAGCUGUGGCCAGUCUGUGGUUGUCCAAAGAACUCUGCUGAGGGUUCUGCUGCUGCCCAGUGCUUUCAUUGGCCUCUUAAUUGCUGGGCCUUGUCCUGGGGGGCCCGCUGGGGCUGCAGCCAGUGCUGGCUCCCACUGAGGCUGCCUGGCCAAGAGCAGCCCCGGGGGCACAGGGCACAGGCAAGGCAAGGUGGGGAGAAGAAAGAGCAGGGACGAGAUUACCCUUGCAAGGCAGUCGUGCUCUGGGGCCCGCUCCUGGCCAGGGAUCCUGCCCAGAGCCGUCCCCUGCUCGCCGGGGCCUUGAGGGGCAGCUGUCCAGCUGGGCCAAGGUGUGCCAGCAGCUCCAGCCGGGCUGGGGAGCCUUGCCAGCUCUGGGCCCUGCUGUGCAGGAGGGUCCCAGUGUGCCACUGGCAGCUGGGGCCUCAGCCACUCCUCUCUCCAAAGGUGCUCCUGCCCAUCUUCAGAAGACAAGCCUAACAACACAGGCAGAGAGAACUUGACCCGUCUUCCCAGCUCUUCACUUCUGUCCCCAUCUG